AUGGCGGUGGUGGUGAUGGCAGUAGCGAUGAUGGUUUGUUGGGGAGGUAGUGGUGGAGGAGGUGGGGGUGGUUGUAGUGGUGGUGGUGGUGGAAGUGGUGGUGGUGGCGAUGAAAGUGACAGCGAUGGUGUUGAUAUUGGCAGUGCAUAUGGUGGUGGUGACGGUGGGGCUGAUAGUGGGGGUGUGGUAGUGGUGGUGGAGAUGGGGGUAAGUAAGGGUGGUGACGGUGGUGGUGGUAGUGGCAGUGAUGGUGCUAGCGGUGUGGGUGAUGGUGGUGGUGGUGGUGGAGGCAGCGGUGAUGGUGAUAGUCAUGAUAAGAUGGUGAGGGUAACCUUAGGGAUCAUUAGUGCCACAGAGAAAAUUAAGGACGAAAGGCUAUAA